UCAUUAAAUGCACCACCCAGUCUAGCGGCAGUUCGGGUUCGGGUUCGUGUCGUACAGGCGGCGAUCGCAGAUACUAAGUGUUGCGGAACCGCGAAAACCACGGUAUGUGAUUCGAUCAAAACUACAUGUGAUGUUAUCAACCGAUUCGAAACAAAAUGUUCGGUUACGCACCAGCGGACAGCAACAAACAACUGUCACCAUUUUCAGCAGUCUCGUAGCGGCGUCGGAUAACGAAAGAAGCUCUGGAAACAAAACGUGUCACGUGUGUGAGAAUUUGAGAACUUGUUGGCGGGGGGUGAAGAUGUGGAACUAGUGAAAAUGUGUAGGAUCGUAAUGACACUAACAAGUGCGGAUCAAUCGUUGAGGUCGCAUGCCUAGAUAAACACUUGCAGUCCAUAACAAAUUGUGUUUCAAGUAAAAACCAAAAGAAUAACGUAAGGAUUCCCAAAAAUGGCCAAAGAAAGCGAAGUUCCCGUGGAAAUGAGCCCCGUCAGUCCGCCCCCACCGGAGAAGCGCCAAAUGGUUGAUCGGGCCGUAUCUUCGUUCUUACUGAUGCGCAGUGCUAGCGAAACGGAAAUCGAUGGUGGUCGGCGUAACCGUGGCCAGCAAACACAUGCGUACGAUCUGCACAAAGGCAUAGCCGAGAGUGCCAUGGAUAUUUCCCUGCUGACGGCCAAUGCCAACCAGCUGCGAUUGCUGAUAACCUACAACGGCCGAUCGAAGACGUUCUUUGCGUGCAUUACUUUGGUGAUUGUUUCACUGGUGCUGCAAAUACUCGUGGCUUGCGGAGUUAUUAUUAUCAGGAGUCAGCCAAAAACGAAACGUAGUCUACCACUGGAGCGGUUGAAGAUCGCUACAUCAAUAGGCGUGUCAAUCAUCACCGUAAUCAACAUCCUUGUAGCAUCGUUAGUAGUCACUGACGGGUCUGGUUCAGGUUCUGGUGAUUCCGAAAAGCCAUAAAAAAAUUUACACACUUCAAUAAAUCCUGCCAUUUACCUAGAACUAGAACAAUUUGUUUCAUUCCGGUUACGCGCAACAAGAUUACUUCCGCAUUUUCAAUGUUAACGAAGAACACCGCCAAUGAAUCGAACUCUUUGAAUUGAUCGAACAAAAGCUAGUCUCACUUGAAUUAGACAGGAUGCAGAAUCAACACAGCAGCAGUGCUAAUCCCGUGGGAAAAUCUUCAGCGGUUGAUAUCCCGAUCACACCAACUAGCGAAAUAACCUACGGUUCAGCAUCGGAAUACAAUUUAGGAUUCAGUUACAGCAACUAUGACCUGUACCGCAGUGUAAUUGAGAUUGCUUUGAAUGUGUCGUUUUUGGCCGCCACCGGCAAUCAGUUGCGGUUGUUUAUCAGCUUCCGGGAAACGCAAAAUUUCAUCCUCAGUACGGUGUUCGUGAUUUUUUCCCUAGUGAUACAAGUUUUAAUUGCAAUCAAUGUGAUGACUAUUGCCCUGCAUGACCAGCACCGUUGGUUAAAGUUGAAGGUUUUUACAACGUUCGGAGCUAUUCUGCUCACUGUGAUAAACCUUCUUAUUCCGUUCAUCACCAAUGCUGAACAUUCCAGAGUUGAUUACUCUAAGAUAUAUGGAGAUUUUCGUAGACCAUAACCAAACGAUUUGUAGUUCAUUUACUGUCUCUUAAAACCAGUUAUAGUCCAGUGAAACAAUAAUAUAAAUAUUUUUUUUCUAAUUCUUGUGAACAAUUUAUUCUGGAUCCGUGAG